GUUCGUCCCGUCGAGUCGACCGCGAGCACAGUAGAUCGUCGACCGACAACCCCUUCGCGUACGAUCAUGUCUCGCCACGGCUGAUUAAGAGCUCCCUUCUUUUUUCUUCGUCAUUUUUUUUUACCUGUCUGUCUCGGCUGGUACCACAUUAUAAACAGUGUCAAGAAGCUCGAGCAUAUCGCCAGAAAGUUUCGCACCUACCGAUACAUAUCGACGUUUCGCGGCUUGCAGUGUGUGACACGUCAGGCUACUAAGCCGCGUUUAUUGUCUUGCUAUCCCUCCGUAUAUAUCUUUCUUCAAUCCUCUGUCUCUUUCUUAUUCUCUGCCUCUCUCUCUCUCUUUUUCUGUUCGUGACCACUGGGAAAAAAGAAUAUGGAUGAGGCGAACGGAAAAAUGCGGAGCAAGCACGAGGACGUGGAUACUGCGUCCCUCAGCGCUGACAUCCUGAACCCCUUCGUACACCGUCUCGAGCUCGACACAACCUACGACAAGCUCAAGACGGCAUUCCUGACGGUAGCACUACUACCAUUCAGACUGGCCGCAAUUACGGCUCUGGUGAUCAUGGCCUGGCUCCUGGCUUGUUUAGGUCUUCUUGGAUUGUCCGAAGAAGAUCUUCGUCGCGCACCUCUGACAGGGUGGAGACGCAAAAUAGUGCCCUGGCUGUGUUUUAUGGGCCGGCUGACAUACCAAGCAGGAGGAAUGAGAAUCAUUGUGCGUGGAAGACAGGCGACGAGGGCGGAAGCGCCGAUUUUAGUGGUUGCACCCCACUCGACCUUCAUGGACGGAGGGAUCGUCUACAUAACCGGGUUCCCUUCGAUCAUCGUAAGACGAGAAUCAGGAUUGAACCCAUUUAUCGGAAAACUUAUCAACUAUACACAACCGGUCUAUGUUUGGAGAGAAGAUCCGAAUUCACGGCAAAAUACUAUCAAGGAAAUUAUCGAAAGAGCUACUUCAAAAGAGGAUUGGCCACAGGUGAUGAUAUUCCCGGAAGGUACUUGUACAAAUCGAUCGUGCCUUAUUACUUUCAAAUCAGGUGCAUUUUAUCCUGGUGUUCCUGUUCAGCCAGUCUGCAUCAGAUAUCCUAACAAAUUGGACACCGUAACAUGGACAUGGGAAGGUCCUGGGGCAUUAAAGCUACUGUGGCUUACAUUGACACAGCUAAAUAGCAGUUGUGAAAUAGAGUUCCUUCCUGUUUACAAACCAAGCGAAGCGGAGAAAACAGAUCCCAAGCUUUAUGCAAAUAACGUGCGACGUCUUAUGGCGGAGGCAUUGCAGAUUCCCGUGUCAGAUUAUACGUAUGACGAUUGCCGAAUUAUCAGCAAAGCUCAUCAGCUAAACAUACCACGAGCAUCCAUCAUAGUGGAAGCCCAUAAACUUCGUAACAAACUCGGUUUGGUAUCGGCCAAAACGGAAGAGGAGUUAGUUCAGAAGAAAACAGAGAGAUUUAACGAAGAAGUUAAUUUGCACGAAUUUGCGCAAAUCCUCAGAAUAGAUGAAAAAGAGCCUGUUACUCAGCAACUAUUUCGGAUACACGAUAGGCAUGGAAAUGGUAAAAUAGAUUUAGAAGAAUAUUUAUUCACGGUGUUAGCUACAACAACCGCAAACUCGGAGCUAGACAAAAUCGAAACAGCGUUCGAAGUAUGUGGUACCAAGUCAUUAUCUUGUAUCAAUAAAAUGGAAUUAAGAAAGGCUUUAAAACUCUCAUUAAGUACGCCAACGGAAGAAUCUGAUAAAAUUUUUCAGAAUGCAAAGAUCGAUUUUGCUGAUACAACAGUAAAUUUUGAAUUCGUACUAGCAGCAUUAUCAGCAAGAGCAGAAUACUGUCAUAUAUUCGCUGGUAACCCCGAGACGAGGAAAAAAACUAUUUGAGAGUAUUUCAUCAACUCGUUCCAUGCUCAUCGAAGAUACAGAACACACCGUGUCUGUGGCAGGCCGCUUCUCAAUCAGGCAUGCUCCAGCCCUGUAUAAAUUUGUUCAAUUCUUGCUGAUAUUACUACCCUCUCAACGAAUAGAUAGCCAUUUUUAUUUAGUAUUAUUAUCGUUGACGAAGCAAGAAGUGUCGUCUUCGUGAGAAUUAAACAAGCGACGUACGGAACGAGAAGAUUAUA